UCAGGCGCUGGGCAGCUUGCGAGCCCAUGGCGGGUAGCGACAUGGACAGCGAGGGGCCGGCACGGAGGGGCGGCGCGGCGCGGCGUCCGGGGGCGCCCGGCGGGUCAGGAAGCGAAGCGGCCUCCGGCUGCCCGGAGCCGCUGUCCACUGCUGAAGCUCCGGCCGAGGGUGCCAAGCUCCCCGCCUGGAUGCGCCUCUACUUCUACGGGAUGCACGGGAUCACUCUGGACGUGCUGGUGUCUUCAGCUCGGAGCUUCGUUCGCAGCCCAGACCUCCGGAUGCUCGGCUUCUCCUCGCCCUACCGCUGCCUCCUGCACUCGCUCACCCACUUCGCCCUGGAGAAGGUCUACCUGCAGCAGCGGCGCUGUCCCAGCGCCUUUGUCUUCAAUUUCCUCCUCUACCCCUCGGCUCACGUGGGGCUGCAGACCCUGACCGGCCAGGCGGUGCUGCUCAGCCUGGGCUGGGGGCCGGGGGGCGCAGCGGCGCCGGGGGCGCUGGACCUGGCGCUGCAGUACGUGCUGGCGCUCUACCACUGCCAAGUGUUCCUCAAGCGCUUCCUGCGCUUGCGGUACGGGCGGCAGCGGCAGCAACAGCGGAGGAGCGCGCUCCCCGCCCCUCCCGGCGCCCGGGCCCCCGCGACCAGUGCCCGGCGCCGACGACCUCGGGGGCCGAAGGGCGCCGGGGGAGCCCUCGGCCCCGGACUGCCGGACCUGCUCCGCUUUCUUUUCUUCGGAAUGCAUGGCUUUCUGGAUGAGAUAUUCUUCACCUUCUUCUUUAAUGUGCUGGGGCAGGGGGACGGAGCAACCAGCGGCCACACGUCGCUCUGGUCCUUCUUGAUGUACGGCAGCUGCAGUUUCGUGGUGGAAAAGCUGUACUUCCAUCUCCAUUGCAGGCGCGGUUGGAGCGCCUGGAAGCGCGUGCCCAUCUACGUGAUCUUCAUCUACGUGUGGGAGUUGUCUUGGGGUCUGGGACUCCGCACGUGCGGGGCUUGUUCCUGGGACUAUUCUCACUACCCGCUCAAUUUCAUGGGCCUCAUCACUCUGAUGUAUUUACCCGGUUGGAUAUUCCUGAGUGUGUACCAGGACCUACUUUCCAACGUGUUGUGGCAAGUACAGUACGUACCGACUAACUAA